AUGCUUUUUGUGGUUUUUGGUGCAAUGGCGAGAGCGCGCUCGGUCGGCGCUCGAGGCGGGGCGCGGGUGUCCCCGCGGGCGGCGGUUCGCCCAGUUGACAGCAUGCUCAUCGCGUUCAAUGACUCGGCCAACCUCACUGACUUGGCGCUCGGCACCGACCUCCCCACCAGCCCCUACAGUCUCGCGCAGAAGAUCAUCAUCGCCAUCAUAGCCAGCGUCCUAUCGGUGCUCACCGUCGUCGGCAAUUCCAUGGUGAUGAUCAGCUUCAAGAUCGACAAACAGCUGCAGACUAUAAGCAACUACUUCUUGUUCUCCCUGGCUGUGGCGGACUUUGCCGUGGGUCUGAUAUCGAUGCCGCUGUACACCAUGUUCACCAUCUACGGUUAUUGGCCGCUGGGCCCACACGUGUGCGACACGUGGCUGGCCCUGGACUACCUCGCGUCCAACGCGUCUGUGCUCAACUUGCUCAUCAUAAGUUUCGAUAGGUACUUCAGUGUGACGAGACCGUUGACGUAUAGGGCUAAAAGGACUACACGAAGAGCGACGAUGAUGAUAGGAGGUGCGUGGGGAUUCAGUUUAUUGUUGUGGCCGCCGUGGAUUUACGCGUGGCCGUACAUCGACGGCGAGCGGAAAGUGCCCCCUCAUGAGUGCUAUAUUCAGUUCAUAGAGACGAACCAGUUCAUUACGUUCGGGACAGCUAUAGCGGCGUUUUAUGUGCCAGUGACUGUCAUGUGUAUACUCUACUACAGAAUAUGGAGGGAAACCAAGAAACGGCAGAAGGAUCUGCCAAAUCUGCAAGGAGGGAAGAAACACGACUCGUCUAAGAGAUCAAAUUCUAGUGACGAGACGAGAGAAGUGGAUGGUCGUGCCAGAUCGGAGUCUGGUGACGCGGACUCGGUGUACCACGUGAGAGGAGCGCUACACGACCAGCGGUGGAGGGAUAACCAGGCGGCAAACGCUCGUCGCACGCUCCGAGGUUGGGCUGCAGUGAGGGCGUGGUGCGUGGCGUGGUGGCACUCCGGACGUGAGGACGUGGAGGACACGGAGCCUGAGGAGGAACCCUCAGACCCUGGGUACGCCACACCCGUGUCUGUUGAGACGCCGCUACAGAGUUCUGUGUCGAGGUGCACAUCACUGAACGUCAUCAGGGAUCCUUAUGCAUCUCGCGGCGGUGGUUCCAGUGGCUCUGGAGGUGAUGGAGGUACCUCUCCCCUCCGCCGAACUUAUGAGCCACCCUCUAACAUGCCCGCAGCCCGUGAUAGUCGCUCUUUGCCUCCUAACACCAGAAUCAACGCUACUACCUCACCUGCACCAAAAUCUGCGUCCGCAGACUCAGUGUACACGAUCUUAAUCAGGCUACCAGACGCUGACACUGAAAGACCAACGAUUAAAAUGAUUACAGAAGAGUCUCCACCCUCUAAUACGAGGCCACAUUUCCGACCAACCAGAGGAGACUCAGAGCUCAACCUUCAUCCUGCUGGUCAUCAAGCACUGACGAGAAGGACAUCCCACAUACAGGAUGUUAGAAUCCCUUUGAACGCCAAGAUUAUUCCGAAGCAGUUGGCAGGUAAGGGAUUGACGAAACAGCCGAAGCCAAAGAAGAAAACUCAGGAGAAGAAGCAAGAGACGAAAGCUGCGAAAACGUUGUCGGCCAUCUUACUAUCUUUUAUAAUUACUUGGACGCCUUACAACAUACUGGUGUUGCUGAAGCCUCUCACAGCUUGCACUAAGUGUAUCCCAGACGAGUUAUGGUCCUUCUUCUAUGCUCUAUGUUACAUUAACUCUACAAUUAACCCAGUGUGUUACGCUCUCUGUAAUGCGACCUUCAGAAGAACGUACGUGAGGAUUCUGACAUGCAAGUGGCACAAUAGGAAUAGGGAAGCAAUGACUAGGGGUGUGUACAAUUGAAUUGUGAUGAGCUUCGAAGUUUGAAUGAUUGGUCUUGCGACGGUGCCAAAAUGUAAAUUGCCCAAUUUUGGUGACCGUUACGUUUUUGUUAUUGAUGUUACGUCAAGCGAUGUUGGUAAUGGAGAGAAAGUCGACAAUUUAUCUAUUAAUGUUUAUAAAAAUAAAUGCAGAUAUUUAAACGGUUCUGAAGAUCGAAAACAAAAAUAAAAGCAAUGUGCCAAUGUGUCAAAACUCUCCGUUACCAACAUUGGUACAAUUUAACACAUAACCACCUAGUUUCAAAUAUUCUUCCUAAAUUGUGAACUAAAAUGGACUGCUAAUAAAACGUGGUAUCAUCCAUAUUAAGUGUGAGAAAAUAAUAUUUAUUUUGUUGUCCAUUGAAACGAUUAGUUGUGAAUUUUUAUUUCGAUUAGUGAGUUGACCGUCCCGUCCAUACAUAGUGUAUUAUUUUAGACGUAGAUACAUUUGUUUUGGUUUAGUUUCGUGGUUUAAGAAUGUUUUAUAUCGGACGUUGUUUGUGUAGUGCGAGUCAUGCUUCGUUAAAACACGAAUAAUAUUUGAAAAGGA